GAUUUGAGAAACAUAGAGCAUUUGCCAGAAGAGACAUCUUCACUGAAUGGCUUCUUGUACGGUACAAUGGAGGAUUAAUGGCUUCUGGGUUUUGGAAGCAAGCACGAAACUUUAUGUCAUGGCGAUGUUGCUUCAUUUCCCCCCCUGCUAUAUUGCAUUUCACCUUUGUAUUCAUGUCUAUCCCCCCCCCCCCCCCCCCCCCCCAAUUGCAAUCCAUCUUUUGUAUUGUCAUCUGGACCUUGCAAUUGCAGUAGUAUUGCACCCGGGUUCCUACUAUGGAGUUCUUCUUAACUCUAUGAUUUUUUGCCACUUUGAUUUAAAAACCUGUGUAUGAUAAAGGAAAUGAAAUACUUAUAUUAGUUGAUAGCACUCAUGAACAAGACCAACUACAAUUUAAUCAAACCAGUACCAGUCCAUCAAUAAACAACCCUCUACAAUUUGCUUCAAUCAUAGAAUGU